ACAGUGUUUCGUGUGCUUAACGUAAAAACUAUAAUGUUCUUAAUCAACUACAUCAUUAAAUUAUAACCCUUGUACGCGACAGUUUUGAGUGUGGGCUAUUUAAAGUUUCUGAGGAGAUUUCUGUUAAAUGAGCGACAGAUAAAAAGUAAUGGCGUCUUUCGCAGCCAAUAAAACUCGACAGAGGCGGGCGCAGAACCGUUAAAGUAGGCGACUGCCGCUGAUGGCGUGAACGGACGCCGGUGACUGGCGUCGCCUUCAGCCAAUAGGAACGCGUCAGGGGCGGGGCGCUCCUGCUGCUGCGGGAACAGCUGGAGAUGAUUGGCGUCGUUUGCGGCCAAUGGGAAGGCCUCGGGGGCGUGGUUUUCUCUGAGUGAUGCUGCUACCGUACGAACAGCUGGAGAUGCGCUGUUGUCAAAAGAAGCUCGACGAUCAUCAGGUGAUGUGAACUCAACCGACCGCUCCAUUCAGCUGAUUCAUCUUCUUUUGCAGACUGCUGACACUCUUCUUAGCGACUCCGCCGACUGCUCAAUAGUUAAAACCAGGAAAGACCCGCACCGAACAAAAAACAUCAUGGGGCGUAAGAAAAUACAGAUCUCUCGGAUCCUUGACCAGCGAAAUCGACAGGUGACAUUUACCAAGCGCAAAUUUGGUCUGAUGAAAAAGGCCUACGAGCUGAGCGUGUUGUGCGACUGCGAGAUCGCUCUCAUCAUCUUCAACAGCACUAACCGUCUUUUCCAGUACGCCAGCACCGAUAUGGACAAAGUGCUGCUGAAGUACACCGAAUACAGCGAGCCUCACGAGAGCCGCACAAACACUGACAUCCUGGAGACUUUGAGAAGGAAAGGCCUGGGGCUGGAUAAUGUAGAGCUUGAUCACGAGGACAGCGUGACGAUGGGAACGGAGAAAUACCACGACGGCAUGGACCUCUCCAUCGCUCGCCAGCGCUAUUAUGCUCCUUCUCUCCUGCCUUCUGAAAUGAUGGGUGCAAGUACCGAAAACGGCUACAGCAACUCCUCCAAUGCAAACCUAGUUUCCCAUCGGACUCCGUCCUACAAACCCUUGUGUACCAGACCGGGCUCAACCGGUUCUGUCGGCUCCAACUCCCACCCGGCUCUCAUGGGCCCACAUGCAGGUCUGGGCUACUCCAUGUUCUCUCACGGCGGCCUGAGUCGGGGGCUGGAGAUGAAGACCCCGCCGCCUCUCAACAUGGCCGGCGAUGGGCGGCGCGCGGAGGCUCACGGCGGACUGUGUGGGACCCGCAGCAGUCUGGCCAAUGCUGUGAGAGAGUCUACAAAAAGAGCACUCUAUCAGAGCAUGCACGCCGGGGGCCACAUGAUGGCGAUGGGGAAGACCGGCCUACUGGGACACGGCCUGAGCAACUACGGGGCCUCAGAAUACAGCCACCCCAGUUACAGCGUGGGAUUUCAGCGCAAUUCUAUGAAUACCUGGCAACCUCUGUCUCAUCAGGACAGCCACCAGUCCAUGAUCAGCCCUGGGAUGGCAGCAGGAGGAAACCAUUCGUACCUGUCCCAGUGCUCCUCCCCCUCCUCGCCUCCGCACCCCUCCCUCAACCUGAGCAUCAAAUCAGAGCGCACCUCUCCGGAGCACAUGCUCUCAGCCACGCCCCCCAGCCGUCACAUGCUGCAGCACUCACCGAUGGAAGAGCCCAAAGCCCCCGGCUGCCCUCCGUCGGAGGAAUACUCGGCCGUGGAGAGGGACGAGGCGCAGAAGAGUUACUCCGGCCAGCACGGCCCAAACAGAGAAACCGGAGAGGGGAAAAACCCCCAGCCUCUGAAGCAGGCCGACGGCAGCAACGGGUGGAUAAGAUAAUGCCACAGCCUUUGAAGGAAGAGUUCACCCAGAAAUUAAAAUUAGCUGAAAACGUACUCACCCUCAGACCACGAGAGAUGCAGAUGAGAGAUUUAGCGUUACAUCGCCCGCUCACCAGUAGAUCCAUUGCGAUGAAUGGGUGCCGUCGGAAUGAGAGUCCAAACAAAUAUUAUGCGAUGUUGCGGUUACCAUAGCAAUGGUUUGAAAUGCAAAAACCUCUUGAUGGAUUUGUUUAGAAAUGUUUUUUAUCAGCUGUUUGGACUCUCAUUCCGACGGCACCCAUUCACUGUAAUGCACAAUUUUUGCAAACCUUUUAAAAAAUGUUCUUUUGAUCGGGAGAUUGGGAGUUUUUCAAACAGAAACAUGCAUCGUGUUCCUCAUUAAAAUUGAACUCUCGAUGUUUGAACACAAACAUAACACAUAAAUCUUGGUUUUAUUAAGAACCGGUGCAUUUUAUUAAUACUAUCCCUUCACCAGAGUAGCAUUCGUAUCAGUGCUGACCCUGUUUAGAAAUGCGAUUUCUGUUUUUCCUCAUAUAGUGUAAAUUACUGUCAAAUGAUUUUCAUGUAAAUGAUCUUCACUCAGGACUUUUCCUAUUUUCGAAACCAAAGGGUUUUUAUGAGAAAAAAGAGAAAACAAUGUCUUUGCAUUAUUUCUGGCAUUACCUAUAUAUUAUGUAAUAUUUAAAUUUCCUUGCUUGUGUUUUUCACCUGUGCUUGCGUGAUCGGUUUGCGUGUACCUUCCUGAAGUAUUGUCAGGUGAAGUUUGUUAUAACGGCCACAAGAGGGCGGCACAUAAACACAUCAUGCAUCUGAACGUUUCCUGUUGACACGACAUGUUGUAACCUUGCGUUUAUUUUAUAAUAAAUAAAUAAUUGCAUUCGUG